AGAACAUAUUAUAUAUCUAAGAAAAAUGUCUUCAGAAGACUGUGAUUAUGAUUUUAAUGUGAAACAAACUGUUGGUAAAAAAAGAGGAGCAAAACCUAAAAAUAUAGAAGAUCUGGAGUUGAAAAAGCAAAAGGUUGCCUUAGACCAAAAGUUUGAGUUAGAUCUAACUCUAGAUAAAGGUAAAUCUUCAAAAAUUAAACAGUUUAACAUCAAAAUAUGUGAAAAUCAAUUCAUGAAUUUGACAGAAUUCUAUUCUAAAACAUAUAUUUCGCUGACAAAAUCGAAAGGGAACUAUGCAUAUAAUAAAUAUAAUAUUAAUAUUGACGAUUUUAAAUUUUAUAAAAAAGCCUUUGAUGCGAUGAAUGAACAUUUGGACAAAUGUGAAAAUGUUUAAAAUAUGUCUUUUAUAUUAAGGAAAAAAAAAAAAAAAAUUUUAGAGGUUAUGCUAAAACUUAUCAUGCUCUUAUUUUAGAAAAUACUGAUCCAACUGUCUUUUUUUUAAAAAAUGACAUCUAGUAUUUAUAUUUUAGUUAAUGAUAAUUUUGUUCUUUAAAACCAAAGAUGUAUUCUUAUGCAUCAUCAUCUUCAUAAUAUGGAUUUUUAAUAAUAUGCAAAUGAAAACAUACUUAUGUAAUACAUAGUGUUUGUAAUAAAACUUAUCCGUGUUUAAAACAAGCAUGUAAUAAAACAGCAUCAUUAAAACUGAAUAACAAUGAAACAUAUGAAUGUAAAUUUUCUGUAAUAAAUGAUAAAAUAUUUUACAAGAUGUAAUUGCAUGAAAUGUAAUAAAUAAUUUUGUAUCUGUUAAUAUAUGUACUCAAUUCAAAUAAUGUUUAUCCAUUUACAUAUAUAUUCGAUUUGAAUAAUAAUGUAUUCUAUUAUGAUAUCCAUAUUAUAAAAUGUUAUUAAUAUGAAUAAUGUAUUUUAACAAAAACAACAAUUUUGUU